GAUCCUGGUGUUCCUAUGAAUGGAACUCGGAAUGGAGAUGGAAGAGAACCUGGAGAUACUGUUAUUUUUCAGUGUGAUCCUGGGUAUGAGCUGCAAGGCGAUGAGAGAAUAACCUGUAUUCAGGUAGAAAAUCGGUACUUCUGGCAGCCCAACCCACCAGUCUGUAUAGCCCCCUGUGGAGGAAACUUGACAGGCUCAUCUGGCUUUAUUCUUUCACCAAACUUCCCUCAUCCCUAUCCUCACAGCAGAGACUGUGAUUGGACUAUCACAGUUAAUAAUGACUAUGUUAUAUCAUUAGCAUUUAUCAGUUUCAGUAUAGAACCAAAUUAUGACUUUCUCUAUAUCUAUGAUGGAGCAGACAGCAAUAGCCCCCUCAUUGGGAGUUUUCAAGAUAGUAAGUUGCCAGAGAGAAUAGAAAGCAGCUCCAACAACAUGCAUCUGGCUUUUCGAAGUGAUGGAUCCGUUAGCUUUACAGGUUUCCACCUGGAGUAUAAAGCAAAGCUACGCGAGUCCUGCUUUGAUCCUGGGAAUAUAAUGAAUGGCACAAGGCUUGGAAUGGAUUAUAAAUUGGGGUCAACAGUUACUUAUUACUGUGAUGCAGGUUAUGUUCUUCAAGGAUAUUCUACACUAACCUGCAUUAUGGGAGAUGACGGAAGGCCUGGAUGGAAUAGAGCGCUACCCAGUUGCCAUGGUAAGAGCUGUUUUUUUGUGAUCAUUCUGUGCCUUCAAAAAGACACUGAAGUAAACUUCAGAAAUACAUUUAUGUUGUAG